AUGAACUGCCUGGAAUUCCUGUGUUCUGUAAACAGAAAUACUGGGCAGUGUUUUGGAUCUCGCGAGGUUUGGCGGUGUGCGCGGGGUUUGGGAGGCCGGUUCCCGGGCCGGGAUGGCGCUCGGCGGCCGGCCCGCCGCUGCUCACCGCAUCGAUCAGCGGCCGCGCACUGGGAUGUCCUGUUGGCGAGGCUGAGCGGGUGGACUUUCGGAGCCCUGCUCUUAACCCAGCCCGUGCUGGAGGGGCUGCGGGAAGCUGGCUUCGAACGGCCUUCCCCGAUCCAGCUGAAGGCCAUCCCGCUGGGGCGGUGCGGGCUCGAUCUGAUUGUGCAAGCCAAGUCUGGAACGGGAAAAACUUGUGUAUUUUCCACUAUUGCAUUGGACUCCCUAAUCCUGGACAACCCAGCAACACAGAUUCUUGUUCUGGCACCCACCAGGGAAAUUGCUGUGCAGAUCCAUUCAGUCAUUACGGCAAUUGGCAUUAAAAUGGAGGGUCUAGAAUGCCAUGUUUUCAUCGGGGGGACUCCACUGAGCCUGGACAAAGUUCGGCUUAAGAAAUGCCACAUUGCAGUUGGAUCUCCAGGUCGCAUUAAGCAGCUGAUUGAGAUCGGCUUUCUGCCAACAGCCAGUAUACGCCUGUUUGUACUGGAUGAAGCGGAUAAGUUGCUGGAGGAGGGCAGCUUUCAGGAACAAAUCAAUUGGAUUUAUUCCUCACUGCCAUCAAACAAACAGAUGUUGGCAUUGUCUGCAACAUACCCAGAGUCACUGGCCAAACACCUAAUGAGGUACAUGAGGGAUCCCAGUUUCGUUCGACUGAAUCCUACGGAUCCAGCUCUCAUUGGACUGAAACAGUUUUAUAAGGUUGUAAAUUUCUACCCACUUCCACACAAAAUAUUUGAGGAGAAAGUGCAACAUUUGCUAGAAUUGUUCAGCAAGAUCCCCUUCAACCAGGCCCUAGUCUUCUCAAAUCUUCACAGCAGAGCCCAGCGUCUUGCAGACAUUCUCACCUCAAGAGGAUUACCUGCAGUUUGUAUUUCAGGUAGCAUGAACCAGAACCAGCGGCUUGAAGCUAUGUCUAAACUAAAACAGUUCAAAUGUCGGGUCCUCAUUUCGACUGACUUGACUUCCAGAGGAAUUGAUGCAGAAAAAGUGAAUUUAGUUGUUAACCUUGAUAUUCCUCAAGACUGGGAGACAUACAUGCAUCGAAUUGGAAGAGCUGGCCGUUUUGGCACUCAAGGUAUAGCUGUGACGUACUGUUGCCGUGGUGAAGAGGAGAAUGAGUUGGGAUUGAUAGCACAGCGUUGUAAUCUUCAGCUUCUGCCUCUCCCUGAUCCAAUUCCAUCAGGGUUACUGGAAGAACCGGUUGACUGGGACAUAAAUGUUAUGAAGGUGCAAGAGGCUGAGAAUUCAUCCCUUGCAACUACACCACCACCUCUUGAAGUAGAAUCUUCACUCACUGCAAAGCAGCAGGCCACAGACCCAGAGCUAUUGUCACUGUCCACAGCUGAACUUGCUGGAAAGAAGCCCACAAACAGAAAAGUUCAGAAAUCAAGGAAGAUCCCAAUUGAGAAAGACCACCAGUGUCUACUCGGGGGAGAUAGAAGGACUCCAGAAGUUGGUGGUGGUUAUGUGCCUGACAAGGACAUCAAAAUGAAAGUGCAGUCAAAUCUCCGAGAUGCCCUGUUCUGUGAUGGGCUCCAGUCAUUAACUAAAGAGCCCAGCAUCACACUUCAAGAGAAGAAGGUUUUGCAAGAAUCACUUCCAAAAAUCUUACCCUUAACAUUGUUUAAGAAGAGACAGAAACGUGAGAAGAGGUUGUUGAAUUUCUUGGAAAUUGUGAAGGACUACGAGAACUUUCUCACUGAACGGAAUGAGAACCCAGUAGAAAUAGUACGGCAGUGGAUGGGUUUCCCUGGUGUCUUGAAGGAGAAAUCGCUGAAUGAAAGUGAAGAUUUGGGAGCCCCUGAGCUGAUAUCUACGGAGCAGAUGUCUCGGGAGCAGAACAGUAAACUGUUUUUAAGUAAAAGGGAUAUGGUAAGUUUGCAUACCUCUCAAAAAUGGACAGAGCCAUCUGGGUUGGAUAGCCAAGAGCCCAGUGAUUCUAAUUCCAGCACAAGCCCCUCCACAAGAAGCAGGACCAGCAGCAGCGAAUCAUCCACUGAGACUGAGGUGCCGGUGGUUGCACAGGUCUCUCAGGAAGACCUGUUAAUGGAAGACCAGAGCCCCAUGACACUGGACUCUCUUCACCCAAAUCCAAAGAGCUUUCCAGAUGGUGCACAUUCUGAUUCUUCCUCCAACCUAUCUUCUAAGAGGCAACUUGAAAGUGAUAAAGGAUCGGGACGUAAAAACACCUGCCCUGGAGGCUGGUCUCCUAAGGGUGAUAUGAAAAGAUCAAAAGGUGAUCCCAAGUUUGGAUCAACCAGAACAGCCAAAGUGUCUAGUGUCACAGAGGCGAGUACCAAGGAUGCAUCAUUCCCUUACAGUGAAAGUGGGCACUUGUGGUCUGCUGACUCUGAAAUUUCACAUGAUUACUGGAAGGCUUAUUAUCAUGCCUGGCGGAGUUACUAUGCUGCUAUUGGCUAUCCUUACUAUGGAAGCUCGGAGAGAAAUUCCGAAUGGCUGAAAGCUUACCAGAUGAACUCUGUGUAUCUUAAGGAACUGUUCAAACCAUAAAUAUUCAGUUUUAUUUGCGAAACUUUUGUACUGCAGCUAAGCUACUACAAUAAAGGUUUUGCCAUGGA